CCGAUCUUCUCUCUGAAGCCGAAUGCAUGAACCACCGUCGGACGAAGGAGACGGAAAGCAGGAACCCCACGAAGAUGUGGUCAAGCGUCGCAUCCUGGACUCUGCUCUAGACUUCGUCCCCGCCUUUGGCUGGUCCGUCGAGUCCCUCACCGAGGGGGCCAGGGCCCAGGGCUUCCCCGGGGUGGCCCACGGUAUGUUCCCCAGGGGUGGUGGGGAGCUGGUCCACCAUUUUGUCAGGGAGUGCAACACCCAGUUGGCGGAGAAGCUGGCCAGGGAGGUACAAGAGGAGAAGGCAGAAGAAGAGAAAGAAGGAGGAAGGAGGCGCAGGAGGACCAUCCCCUUCAUCCGUGACGCUCUGGAGGUCCGUCUGAGAAUGAUCCUCCCUUUCAUAGACCAGUGGCCCCAGGCUAUGGCUAUGAGCACCGUACCAUCCAACACUAAGGAGCACUUCAGUAAUCUGAUGCAGUUGAUGGACGACAUUUGGUACCACGCGGGGGACCGGUCAGCUGAUUUCAAUUGGUACACAAAGCGCAUCUCGCUGGCAGCCAUCUACAAGUCUGCCGAGCUCUGUCUCAUACAAGAUGACUCUACGGACUACCAGGAUACAGGGAUGUUUAUUGACAGGAGGUUGGAGGAAUUCGGAAGGACGUACAAGAUGCGAUCCGACGUUGAUCAAGCUGUGACUGUUUCUUCUUUAAUGACUGCAGCCUUUACCAUAGGAAGGAAUAUAGCGGGAUUGAACAACAGAAACCGAUGAGGUCGGGUUUUCUAGGGCAAUGUAUGCAGUCCCCUGCAAUGUUUGUUCAAACGCCCCCACACUCCGCUCCACUGACAUUCAAGGAUAUUGAACCUCAAAAACACUUUCAUUUGCUAGCUGGCAUUUAUAUCAUUUUGAGGUGCUGCCAAAGUUUUUAAGCUAAUUCCACUUUCUUUUCUCUGUAUAGUAGUUAAUAAAGUUGAACCAAACCA